GCGGGCGGGGGGCGCCCGGGGUCGGCCUCGCAGCCUGGGCCUCCCACUUCCUGUGCGGGACUGCCCGGCCGCGCCCCGCCUCCAGGAAGGCUGCCAGCCUAGCGGGCCAGCAUGCAGCGCGACGUCCUCGCCGAGCGGCGAAAGCAGUGAGCGGCGAUGGCCGACAGGAGCUCGAAGCUGGUCCCGGGACAGGCGUACAUCGAGGUGGAGUAUGACUACGAGUACGAGGCCAAGGACAGGAAGGUCGUCAUCAGGCAAGGCGAGUGCUACCUCUUGGUGAAGAAGACCAACGGCGACUGGUGGCAGGUGAGGCGGGACGAGGGCUCCAAGGCCUUCUACGUGCCGGCCCAGUACGUGAAGGAGGUGGGCCGCAGGGCCCUGAUGCCCCCCGGGAAGCAGGCGACGGCCCCGAGCCUGCCCCUGCAGAGACCCGCGGAGAAUGCCAACAGGCCACCUGAGCUCUCGAGCUUCGGAAAGUCGACGCCCUGCGUUCCGGGGACGGGGCCCGCCCGCGACGCCAACCAGAACUUUGGGCCCGGCCCCGCGCCCAGCCAGACUCUUAGCCUGAGCCUGGACUUCAGCCACGACGGCAGGUCCGGCGGUGACUCGCACUCGCCCAGGGUCGCCGGCCAGGGCAGGACGCGCUUGUUCGGUCACUUCCCCGGACCCGAGUUCUCGGAUGUGGAGAAGACGGGCUUCUCCCAGGAGCAGCCGUGCGACUCGGCUGGCGAGGGCUCAGAAAGGACACACCAGGAUUCUGAGUCCGGGGACGAGCUCAGCAGCAGCUCCAGCGAGCAGAUAAGGGCAGCCACACCCCCCAGCCAGGGGCGGCCGGACUCUCCCGUCUACGCCAACUUGCAGGAGCUGAAGCUCUCCCAGUCCGCCCUCCCCCCGCUUCCUGGGAGCCCCGCCAUCCAGGUCAACGGGGAGUGGGAGACCCACAGGGAUGGCUCCGGUCGCUGCUACUACUACCACCGAGGGACGCAGGAGAGGACGUGGAAGCCCCCGCGGUGGACUCGGGGCACAGACAUGAGCAAAGGAGACUUCCCAGGUCCCGGGGACCAGGAGCUUCUCUCGUCAGAAGAACACCACCCCGGCCUCUGUUUCAGCCAGUCAGAUAGUCAGUGUGGCUCCCCUCCGAGGGGUUGGUCAGAAGAGCAGGAUGAGUGUGGACACACCCUGUACACCAGUGACUAUACUCACGAAAAGUGGCUCAAACAUGUUGAUGAUCAAGGCAGACAAUAUUACUACAGUGCGGAUGGGUCUCGGUCAGAAUGGGAAUUGCCGAAGUACAACGCUUCGUCCCAGCAGCAGAGAGAGCCCAUCAAGAGCCGGAGCCUGGACCGGCGGCUGCAGGAACCCAUCGUGCUGAGCAAGUGGAGGCACAGCACCAUUGUGCUGGAUGCCAACGACAAGGGUCUAGAGAAAUACGGAUUGCUGAAUGUAACAAAAAUUACUGAGAAUGGAAAAAAGGUCCGAAAGAACUGGCUGUCUUCAUGGGCCGUGCUGCAAGGUUCAUCUUUACUCUUCACCAAGACGCAAGGAAGCGGCACGAGUUGGUUUGGGAGUAAUCAGUCCAAGCCGGAGUUCACAGUGGACCUGAAAGGAGCGACAGUAGAGAUGGCUUCCAAGGAGAAAUCUAGCAAAAAGAACGUAUUUGAGCUGAAAACCCGCCAAGGAACAGAGCUGCUAAUCCAGUCUGAUAAUGACUCCGCCAUCAAUGAUUGGUUUAAAGUUCUUAGCAGUACUAUCAGUAAUCAGGCAGUGGAGACAGAAGACGCCAUUGAUGAGGAGAUGCCGGACUCGCCAGGGGCAGAGAAGCGUGACAGAGAAAAGGAGCACAAGGACCCCAGGAAACUCCGCUCCAUGAAAACGGUGAAUGUGGAUUCUUCAGAACAGAAGAAAACGAAGAAGAACUUGAAGAAGUUCCUUACACGCCGCCCCACGUUGCAAGCUGUCCGUGAAAAGGGUUACAUCAAAGAUCAGGUAUUUGGGUCCAGUCUCGCCAGUCUCUGUCAGAGAGAAAACAGCACAGUGCCGGAGUUUGUGAAGCUCUGCAUUGAACACGUGGAAAACCAUGGAUUGGACAUUGAUGGCAUCUACAGGGUCAGUGGCAACCUCGCAGUGAUUCAGAAGCUGCGGUUCGCAGUCAACCACGAUGAGAAGCUGGACUUGAACGACAGCAAAUGGGAGGACAUUCACGUCGUCACCGGAGCACUCAAGAUGUUCUUCCGAGAACUGCCAGAGCCUCUGUUCCCGUUCAGUCACUUCAACGACUUCGUUAACGCCGUCAAGCAGGAACCGAGGCAGCGAGUUACCGCUGUUAAGGACUUGAUCAAACAGCUGCCAAAGCCCAAUCAGGAUACGAUGCAGAUUCUCUUUAGACAUCUCAAGAGAGUCAUAGAAAAUGGAGAAAAGAACCGGAUGACCUACCAGAGCGUGGCGAUCGUGUUUGGGCCCACCCUGCUGAAACCCGAGAAGGAGACGGGGAACAUCGCUGUGCACACGGUCUACCAAAGCCAGAUCGUGGAGCUGAUUCUCCUGGAGCUCAGCUCCAUCUUCGGACGCUGACUCUUGCUGAACGCCCCUGUGGACAGAAGCUGGCUCCCUCAGAUUCCAGAUCCUUAGACCUGGUGGGUUUUUGUUUUGUUUUUUUUUUUGGUUUGUUUUUGGACCAAGCAGUGACUCUUUGAUCUUGCACUUUUUUCUUUCCCUUGAUGGGUUAGGAGGGACGGGAACAUCAGGCCAUGUGCCAGGCCUUGCUGUUGCCCUCCCUUGCUAGCUGAUGUAACUGCCCGUGAUUUUGGGUUGAUUUUAUUCAGAAUGUUUGCAUCUCACACUCUGCAGCUCAGUAAAACUCAAAAUGUGCAGUUGUGACCAGUCAUGUACACUGGAGACUUUGGUGAGAAAGCUACGUUGGGCGUUGGUUUUUUUCCCCCUCAAACCGGACGACUCAGAACUGCUUCUCAUGAUCAGUUCAUCACUCGGGAGAACAACGGGUACAGCCACUUACAUUCGAAAUGCUCCCAGCACCGUAAGCAACACGAAGCGGAUCCAGUUUGAAACCUGUGUAUUUCUUUUCCAGAGCUCGGCGUGCCAUGGCCGUCUGAGUGCUGGACUUGCUCUCCGAGGCCCCCUGACUGGAGGGCCUCAGCUGCUCACAGGGCAGCACGCCACCGUUACUCCAAACACUGUGACACACUGGAGUAACUGAGCCUAAGCCAGCUCAGGGCACUUUGGGGCUGUCUGCCGCACACCUUGUAGCAGCUCACACUCCUGGUUCUGCCUGGUGCCAUUCAGAGUUCUUGGUCUGACCCUGUGGAAGGAAACAAGGGGAUCAGAUGUCCACAGAGGCGGGAGGCGGGCCGCUGGUAGCGUGCGUCCUCGCCCUGCCUUGCUAACUGUGACGUUGGCUGCCUUUCCCUUGGACAUCAGGUCUACCCCAAAAGUCUGUCAUUGAUCGCGAAAGUUAACUGUACGCACUUGGAGACGUUGGCUCCAUCCACAGGCAAGUCACUGUAAGGCGCCUGGGCUGCACAAGUCCCGAGCGGACUUUGCCGAGAGGUUUGUGCACUCACCGCACGAGGGAGCUUUCUGUUUAUUGAUUUACAGGACAUGUUAGGAAAGGGUUCAUUACAGAGCUCCAAUCCUGCCAUUUCAGCAGUGCAGACCCACACACAAAUAGGAGACUCAGACGAAAAGUGGCACAUCAAGUUGCUCUUUCCUUUUACGCCACUGAUGUUGAUUGCUUUGUACAAGAAACAGGGUUUGGAAGGUUUUGUUUCAGAGAGCAUGGUCUGUUGAAGAUUUUUUUAAAUGUAUUUUUCUAGAUUAACUGCUGUAUAUGAGAUGUCUAAUCUGAAUAAAGAAACUAUGAGAGGUGUAGAGAUCUUCCACUGGAGGCACACACUUUAGUUUAAUUCUUGUUGUUUUUGCAUUUACGACUAUCCUAUACCUCACUGAGAAAUCUCAGCUGAAUCCGCUAUUCCCUGUGACAAGUGUCUUCCUCAUCUCACACCUUUUCUAACUGCCAACGCUCUGGUCCACCCCUCCCACCUUGUAUUUCUUCAUCAUCGUUGAAAAAUGGAUGAUUUGUAAACAAGACUCUCUGUCUUAGGAUUGUAUUUAUAAUUUACAGAUUGCCUUUUCAUGGGAACAAAAUUUUUUUUGUAUGAUCUGUCCAAAAAAAGAAAAAAAAAACCCCUCACCUGUUUCAUGGUAAAAGUUUUGCUUGUUUUUGAGAUAUUGCUAUGUUGACAGCUAUGUGAAAACAGAUUAAUUUGGGCAGAGAGAGAAUACCAGCCCCCCCCCCCCCAUCAGAAUGGUGAUGUCUGAAUAAGGACGCCCUGGUGACACAGUGCCUUAGUCAAGGCUGGCCAGGAACAGCCAGGCUAGCACAUGGCAUGUGUGCUCUUGGCACUGUGGACACACGGGUUUAAAUUCAUCUCGUGUCCUCGUUUCCAAGUAUGUGUUUGUGUACGUGAAGUCUUCAGUGUUGGCUGGUUGACAGGUAAUCAGCAUAUUGUGAUUCUCUGUGUAUGGCGAGGCCAGUGUCUUGCGUUUUCAUGGUCUGUGAAUUAAAAAUGCUCACCUUUUUUUUGUAAUAACAAAUCAAUAAUAUUUUCUUGUCUUGACAGCUUGAUUUUUAGUAGAAAAUAUAUUAAAGGCUGAAAUGAGUCA